AACUCAUGGUGUGAAAUAUGUUGUUCCCGUACCACAUUACUUAAUCGCCAUUUCUCACUCGAUUAAUUCCACAUACUGUGUCUACCCUCGCGUGAGUCGUCGUCACAUUCACCGUCAUGGAUCUGUUGCGCACGUUCGCUAGCGAAUCCUCGAUCCACGGGCUGGCCCACCUGGUGCGAAGCCCACACUGGCUAGAGAAAGCCUUCUGGCUGACGGUGCUGGCCUGCUCGGUCGUCUGCUCGGUCAGCAUCUGCAACAUGCACUGGGAGCGGUUUCAGAACAAUGCCACCGUGCUUAACGUCGAGACGGACUAUCUGAGCUGGAACUUUCGGCCACCGGCCGCCACCGUGUGUUCCGAGCACGUGAGCGAGGAAAAGCUUAACCAACUGAUCGAACGAUACUGGCAGAUGGACAGCAAUCACAGUGCCUACGAUCACUAUCGCAAUUUCCUGCUGACAGUUAAUCGGGCACGAUUUGACAACCUGACCUUGUUUGAACCAUUCGUGAACGAUAGCAGGUUGCAGUCGGUUUCGGUAAUUGAUUUGGCCCGGGAGCUAAAGUCCCCGCUGACGCCACCGUGGAAAACGUUUGCACCCGUGCUGACGGAGGUAGGCGUUUGCUACUCAUCCACCAUGCUGUACGCCUUCCAGAGUCCGUACAGCGAUCGAUCACAGGCUAAUUACACGAAGGCACGGCCGGCCGAUUGUUACACGCUGGACGUCUGUCGUACGAUGGUAGCGAUGAGUCAUGUCGAUUCGGUUCGCACCUAUGUGUAUAUCCACAUCGAGCAGGACGUCAUGACACCAGACAACUCCAUCUACUACGCGCUGGAUCAGCACGACAUCAUCAGCUCGUCACUGUCCGUCGAACAGGUGGUUGCCUCGAAAGCGCUCAAGCAGUUAUCCCGCCGUAGGCGUAAAUGUCGACUGCCAUCCGAGAGACUGCCGUACUUUAGCGUAAUUGUUUCCUUUAGUAAUUCAAAAUUCCAGCGUGUAUAAAAGAUUGUAUAUCUUCUAAUGAAUCUUCCCAUUUGUUGCAUUUUUGUUGUAGGUAUACACGAUUAAUUUGUGUCGUAUAAAUUGCCGAAUCGAGGCCGCCCUUCACCUUUGCGAGUGUGUCCCUUUCUUCUAUAACAUUGGUAGGUUUUGGGUAUCUUGCUUGCAAACAUCUUAAUUACAAAACGUUCUGCUAUUCGCCGAGUUAGGCAAACCGUCCUGCACGCCAGCCGGACUGUACUGCCUGGGGAAACAGUUUAAGGCGUGGUACAAAACGAACUGCACCUGUCAGCCCCUAUGCGAGUCCGUCUCCUUCAAACAGGCGUUGGUGAAGAAAACGGUACAGUAAUUUGUGUGUGUGUGUGUUAUAAAGGCUUUUCCGUGCAAAUGCAAGUCCAUUUCAUUUCCCCCGCAGGUGCUGGGGCAAGCGAACAGUAAGCUGGAAACGCAAAUUAUCUACCCACGGAUGCGAAUGAAGCGUGACGUACUGUUCGACAUCAGCAACU